AUGACCGGCUGCGAUAUCUCAGCAGAUUUCACGAACGUGCCCUUUCCUGUAAUCCCCAAGGCUUCAAAGAUUCGUCAACAGCGAAACGUGUGCCCAAAUUUUGCUCCGUGGGCGAUUCCAGAUCCCCAGGUACGGCUUCUUAAGGUUGCAGGCACAAAAUGUACGAAAAUCUCCGCCAAGACAAACCUCCAGCUUAACCAGCUUAUGCCAACUAUUGGUGUUGGUGGGAUUAGAGACCUGACGACAAAAGGGUCAAAUUCGAUUAUUGCUCAACUCGAUACAUUAACAAGCAAUUAUUUGACGCCUUCAACCCUUUAA